ACCAUCGGCCCACCUGCAGCACUGAAUCAACGACGUGGGGGGAGAGAGAGAGGUGAAGGAGGAGGAGAAGGCCGAGCGUUGCUGCAUACACCCGGCGUCACAUCGGACAUGCUACUGUUCCGCCUAGGUUCUGGCCCCGACGCUCGCUAAACACUUCCUGCUUCUUUUCCCACUGCCCGUGGAGCGGAGCAACUAGUCUAGAAGCGACACGGGCUCCUCGUGGUCCUCCAAGGCCUAGAGAUCAUCCCCACGCCUGCCUGUGCAUAUCCAUUCAUUGAUUCUGAUUCUUGUCGUCUCCCUGGACCACUCCUACCAGUGGCAGGCAUUGUCAUCUCCCGCUGCCACGCUCCGUGUUCUGUCCCGCUAUCCCCACCACACUAGCGUUGUCAUGCCUGCCUCUCCCACUCGCCCGUCCUUCGGGGGCUCGUCUCUACCGCCGGCCUCUCCGUCAAGCGGAUCAGCAGCUGCGUCGACCUCUACGCUCUCCUCAUGGCGAGCCAGACCUCUUCGAAAAGGACCUCUGACCAGCGGCGCGAUCCGUACAGGCUCCUUCCUAGGAGGCUUGUCUGGCCAGUCCUCGCCGCCCACUCCUCCCGAAUCCUCGCUUCCAGCCUCGCCGCGGCCUGGCACGCCCUCGUCUCCUCACGAAGAUGAACGCAAGGUUCCAUCCUCCACCACCAUCGUGCGACGUGCAGGUCAGCUCGCAGAUCUUACUCCCGAGUCCGAGGGCCCCAUCGAUCCCAAGGCUGCGAGUCGAGCCGCUGCCGCUGCAGCCGCCGAAGAAUACUUCUACGCCAUGCGUGUAUCUGGAGCAGAGUGGGCUCGUCCGCCUCCUGCAGGCAGCGAUGGUACAGCACCUCUGAAGCCUGCCCCGCGCUCUCAGAAGCCGAGAUCCGAGAGCAACAGCAGCAAUUCGCUCAAGAGCGGCAUGGCUUUCUCCCAGCAUUUGUCGUCCUCGCCAUCUGCAAACAAUACGUGGAGCUCCUCUUCCAGAGCUCAAGCAUCCUCGGCCGGUCGUUCGACGAUGCUCGGAAGCCCUACGCGUUCAACAAUUCUGUUGGGCAAUCUCGGGCGUCAGCGCUCCUUCGAUGCCUCUGCCGUGUCAGAGGAAGCAGCGGGGGCCUAUCAGGGCGGAAGCGAGGAACAAAGGAGCGUCGUAGAUGGCGCGUUGCGUUACAGACGCAGCUCUGCCCAGCAAACGCCCAGGCUCCGCAGUGGAUCCGUCUCUGCGACUGCGACUGUGAUUGCGAGUAAUCGGGGCGCCUCACCAUCACCACGUCGGCCUUCAUCACCAUCGUUGUCUACUUGGGCGUCGCGAUGGGCGCGCGAUGUGCCAGACGAGUCUCAGCCACGGUCCCAGUCUCAGUCGACCCCGCUGACGCACGCGCCGCCCGGGAAUCCGGUGGCAUCGACGCCUGCCGCCCCGAUCACCACCCUCUCAUCUCCGCUGCCCACCACAUCCAACUGUUCACAUCUCGACGUCCCCACGUCCAUCCCGGCCCUUUCCACCAAGAAGACCGGAUCCCCUACACCAUGUACUUCUCCCUCACUUCGUAACGACUACGAAGAACAAUCACCUCGCCAACGCGCCUUUCACUCUCCCUCGUUAUACCACACUGGCGCCAGAAGCCCACCUACUACCCGCCAGCCCCUCACUACCUGUGUGGACGAGCUAGGCCCUCUGAAGCCCGUGAGAGGCAGCUCUGCUUCCAGCCCUCGCGUCAACGAGCGCAGACCGUCUUCUGGCCACCGCUCCAUCGCAAGUCCGCCUUCGAGCUACAAGGAAAAGGACCAGGAAGGCGACGAAGACACGCCAGCCCCACCUCCUGCUGACGGCCUCCUGAAGCCCCUGCCUCCUCCUUUCCGUGCUGGUGGCCUUCGUCGCCCCUCAAUUGAUUCCCUCUCAUCGGCAUCACCUUCCAAGAAGCCCUUGAUCCCUCUUUCAGCGUUCAUUGACCCUGUCAGCGCCAGCGGGUAUCGCCUGCCCAAAACAGACGAAGAGGGUACCAGCAUGAGCUACGAGACCACUGGCGUUGGCUCUCCUUCAUUCAACGCGAACACUCGGCGUUCUUCAGCAGCCUCUCAGAAUGAUUCACUCCGGAAGCUCAACAGCUCUGCUUUGUCGCAAGACACGACCGGGCAGAACAGCACAGACAGCGGUACUUCGCAGCUCGGGGCAGGUCCAUCGAUCACAAGACCACAGCACAACGGCGCUGCCCCUCUAGCACAGUCGGAUACACACGACACUGACCGGGCUUUAUUCGUCAGUCAGGAUCUGCCAGCGCUCAAGCGGACAUUCGAUGGCUCAUCACUCUCACACAAGGACUCUUUCGGUGGCUUCCGCUCGGAGUCCGCUCCUUCCGCUGCGAUGUCGAGACUAACCAGCGCAGACACAUCCAACAUUGACCGUGUUAGUGAGGAGGCAGAAGACAACGUCGAAACCAAGACCAAGGAUACGACCCUGUCGGGUGAAGCGGGCGGCAGUACCGCUUUGCACAACAAUCUGCGGACCAGUCAAGAUUCGGCGGAAAGCCGCAUCAAUCGCUCCGCAGACUACACUACUAGCAUGAUCGAGAAGGGGCCUGAAAGCGUCGCGCUGUCUCAGGCCAAUGGUGUAUCAAGGAGUGGAUCGUCUGGAAACCGUCCCGUGGUGAGCGGUCAGAGCAUCGCUGCUCACUGGCCUCGCCGAGCACCCACAGAAGCUGGCCCAGCCUCCUCCAUGUCUCCUUCUGGCGCAACCAUUACAAGACCACGGAAUGAAAGUACUACGACAAGCAGCAAAGAUCGCAGCGAGCAGAGACUUGCGGCCUCUUCCCGGCGGGACAAGGGCUCAUCACGGCAUACUGGCAAAGGCGAGUCUGGCCGCACCAGCUCCCAACGUCUCCUCAAGCCCAACUUUCCCUCUGCGCCUGUAGCGCCGGCACCUCCACCGCUCAUGUACUGGUCUCGAGCACCAGUCCACGGCGCGGUACCUAAGCGCAGCUUCCGAGCGCAUACCGCGACUUUAUGUGACGAUACCAUGUGGUUGUUCGGGGGAUGCGAUUCGAGAGGCUGCUUCAGCUCACUGUGGUGCUUCGAUAUCGAGACCAUGUGCUGGUCGCGACCAAAAGUGACAGGAGACUGUCCCACACCGCGGCGAGCUCAUUCGACCACAGUCGUAGACAAACGUCUCUACGUCUUCGCUGGAGGCGACGGACCUCAUUACUUUCAAGAUCUGUACGUCUUCGACAUUGUCGCAUUAAAGUGGACGAAGCCUGAUGUCUACGGGGCUUUGCCGCCUCCGAGGCGAGCACAUACCGCGAAUUACUGGAACGGGCAUAUUGUCAUCUUUGGAGGCGGCAAUGGUGUCGGAGGCCUCAAUGAUAUCUGGCUGCUGGAUGUGAGAGAUCCAGAUCGGCUUGAAUGGAAGAAGAUGGAAUGCGCAGGAAAGGUGCCUGUUGGCCGGGGUUACCACUCAGGCAACAUCGUGGAUGACAAAUUGAUCAUCAUUGGAGGUUCAGAUGGUCAUAUGAGCUUCAACGACAUUCAUGUGCUGAAGUUGGACGGAGCUCUGACACUGGGUGCAAGUGGUCAUCUGAAUCCUACCUGGUACCAAGUCAAGACGGAUGAAAGACACAAUCGCCUAGGUCACACCUCUACCCAGGUGGGGUCAUACCUAUUCGUCUUUGGAGGUCACGAUUCCAACGAGUACACCGGCGAGCUCAUGACCCUCAAUCUGGUCAACCUGCAAUGGGAGUCGAGGAGAGCCUGUGGCAAGCCACCUGCAGGUAGAGGGUAUCAUCAAGCGUGGCUCAAGGACUCUCGGCUGUUCAUUCACGGCGGCUUUGAUGGAAGAGAAAUCUUCGACGACCUCUAUUACCUCGAUCUCGCAGCCUCCUCAUACCUUCCUCAGAUUACCCAAUUCGAGGUUUCUCUGGAGAACGAGGAGGAAGAGUUCGAAAUUGGUGAAGAAGAGGAAGAGGAAGACUCUUCUGGAUUCGACGAUGGAGCCGGUCAUCAGUACACCUACAGCGAAGACGGCACCACAGACGAGGAGAACGCCAUGCGGAACGCUCACGCCAUGCACGGUGCCGCGCUUCGUGGUGCCCCGGGCCCUUACUCGAUGAGAACAGGAGACAGUGGCAGCUCCAACGGCUUUCCAAUGGCCAGAGGAGCAAGUGGGGGACCCCUCACUACCCCAGUGGAUCUCACCGCAGGUCCGCUAGGCGUGGGUCUCAGCCCGACCACCCCGCCGCACUCGCUCCCUCCCGUGGCGAGUCCCUUUCGCGGUAAUGCCCUGAGCAGCGCCAGUGGAGGGACUGGAGUCACACGAGGCUCCGAGCCGAGCAUAGUCGCCUCUGGUCCCGCCGUCAACUCACUACAGCAGCAGCAGCAGCAGCAAGCCGUACGCUCCGGCUCCGGCUCGAUCAACGAGGUUGAGAUGAACAGAGGCGCCGAUGUGCUUCCCGGGCCUGGGCUCUCCCUGAGGGAUCGCAGAGGCAUGGGCGCUGCGAGUGCUACGGUCACCACACCACCAGGCGGUAGUGGAGGGGGCGCAGUAGAAGGAGCGGGCAAGUCUGGACUUGGAAGAAUGCAGUUCCCUCCUAGGAGAGCGGGGGGGAGUACUGCUCCUGGAGGGGCAGGGGCGGGUGGUGGUGCGAAGGCGAACAUGAUCUAGAGGAGGACGUGGAAGGGGAGGAGCGACACAGAGGCGGGAGAUCCUUCCGAGUUGGAGCUUGAAGAUCAUGAGCUGCUUGUCAGGAAAGGGACAGGAAUCUUCCAGGUUCCAGAGGGAGGAGGUGGGCAACCCUCGCAUCAGGUCCACUGUCAAACGUCACACUGGAAGCGGGCGCAUAAUUGUACACAGAGAAAGAGAGAGAGAGAGAGACUCGGACGAAAGAGCGCUGGCGCUUUCCCCCCUUUAUUGGUCGAAGAAGACAAUUUAGCAUAAUACCAGAGUGUCCUUGUCCUGCC